AUGACCAAAGAAAAAUUUAGUAGUUAUAGUUUAAAAGGUGACCCUGCCAUGAGACUUGUAAAAGAGGCCCAGGUCCUCAAAGAAAAGCCGAAGCGUGCAUUCUCCUCAUACUGCAGUUUGGAGGAAGUGUUAGAAAAAUAUGGCAUUAAAAGUAGUAGUAUAACGAGCAUCCCUCAUAUCCACUCAAUCAAUGAAAAAUCUCCAAAGUUCAAGCUCUGCAUAGAUGACAUUCUUCGUAGGAUAAAAAAUAUGGGGCUAGUUGUAGAUAGUAAUGAGGCUAUGCGUUGUAAAUACAUUUCUACAAUCCUUCAUACUGCUGUCAGCAUCCUAGGAGGAUUGGUAAUCUUGCCUCAGAUGAAUGUAUCUGGUGAAGAAAGUUCCAGCCGUGUCAAUUAUAUGAUCAAGAAAAUACUGGAUUAUUUGCUCGAAGAAAUAAUAUAUAUAAUCGAAGGAAAGCAAAACCAGCUGGGGAAAGGAAUGAACUUAGAUACGCUCAAGAAAAAGCUGUAUGUCUAUGGUAUUGUCACAACAGCCACGGACUGGUAUUUCAUUCUACAUAGCACCGAGGCUAUUUAUUGUACGAGCAAGACAUCUCUCUGACUGAAGACGCACUCAAGGACUCAACCAACUUGCGCAAGAAUGUGAAGAGGAUUUUAGGGCUUAUAGUGGGUUUGUUAAAAGAUAGGUAUCAGCUAGUGAAGAACUUGCAAAUAAGAAGCGCCGUGUAGAGAAGAUAAUCAAGAAAAAAUAAUCAUAUAUAUUAGUCUAGACGUCAUGUAU